AGAAAAUGGAAAGGAUGCCCCAUUGGAGGGCUGACUUGAUGAAAGUUGCCAAUAUAUCAGGAUGGGAUUCCCGUGUGAUAAGGCAUUGGAAUUAGUGUUCUUGUUGAUAAAUGCCUUAUUACCAUCCUAGGAAACAAGUUGGAGAUGCAUAACUUGCUGCAAGAAUUGGCUCAUGAAAUUGUUCGCCAAGAAUCUGUUAAAGAGUUGGGCAAGCGCAGUAGAUUGUGGAGUCCUACUGAUGUUUGUCAAGUGUUGACCAAAAAUCUGGGAUCUGAAAAAGUUGAGGGAAUAUUCUUAGACACAGCUAAAAUCGGAGAAAUGUACUUGAGUUCCAAAGCCUUCAUGAGGAUGUAUAAUCUUAGACUACUCAAAAUCCAUAAUUCUAUAGUUGGAAAUAAGUGUAAAGUGCAUCUGCCUGAUGGCCUUGAGUUUCUUUCUGAUGAGUUGAGGUAUCUUCAUUGGGAUAGAUAUCCUCUGAGCUCUCUGACUCCCAAUUUUCAAGCAGAGAAUCUUGUUCAACUUAACUUGCCUAACAGCUGCGUUAAAAAACUAUGGGAAGGAGUGCAGAAUCUUGCGAGUUUGGAAGAGAUCAACCUUAGUAAUUCUGAGCACUUGACCACAUUUCCAGACCUCUCACAAGCCAAGAAUCUUGAAAGAGUGAAUUUGGAUUACUGCACUAGCUUGGUGGAAGUCCCCUCUUCUAUUCGGUUUCUAGACAAACUUACAUUUUUGAGUAUGAGAUGCUGCACAAGUGUUGUGAGCCUCCCUAGUGGCAUUAAAUUGAGAUCACUUAAGACUCUUAACCUUUCUGGCUGCACAAAUCUUAGGGAGUGUCCAGAGAUUUCAGAGAAUAUAACGUAUUUAAAUUUAAAUGGGACUGCACUAGGACACCUUCCCAAAUCAAUUGGGCAUCUCAGUGGACUCGUUGCACUGAAUAUGAAGGAUUGUAAACAACUAUGGGAUCUUCCAGAGAGCUUGCAUUUGUUGAAAUUCCUUCGGACUGCCAAUUUUUCUGGCUGCUCAUCUAUCACCAAGUUUCCGGACAUUUCAACUAAUAUCCAAUUCUUGUACUUAAGUGAAACUGGAAUAGAAGAACUCCCCUCGACAAUUGGUGAGCUCUCCAAACUCUCUUGUUUGGAUCUGAAGAACUGUAAAAGGCUUAAGAAUAUUCCUUGUACCAUUUCUAAGUUGGCAUCACUUGAAAAGCUUAUCGUCUCUGGCUGCUCAAGUAUAAACAAGUUUCCAGAGGUUUCAAAAAGCAUAAAGAAGUUGUUCUUAUGUGGGACAGCAAUAGAGGAAAUUCCAUCAUCAAUCGAGUAUUGCUCUGAACUUAUUGAAUUGAGCAUGCACAAUUGCAAAAAGUUUCGUAUUCUUCCAAGUUGCAUUUGUAAGUUGAAAUCUUUGCAAAAGCUUAUUCUCUCAGGCUGCUCCAUAUUUGAAUGUUUUCCGGAAAUUUUGGAGGCAAUGGGAUCAUUAAGAUGCCUUUAUUUAGAUGGAACAGCCAUAAUGAAUUUACCCUCCCCAAUUGAAAAUUUGACGGGGCUUUCUAGCUUGGAAUUGAGAAACUGCAAAAGAAUUCAAGGAUUGGCAGAACUGAUCUCAAUUAUAGACAGUUCAGGUUCACAUUUACAAUACCUGAGGAAGCUAUAUCUAACUGGUUGUGGGAUGUUCUACAUCCCCAACUGCAUCGGCUACUUGUUCUCCCUAGAAGUAUUAGAUCUAAGUGGAAACUCUUUUAGUGACCUACCUCAUAGCAUCAGAAUGCUCACAGAGCUGCAAUACCUCGGUUUGAGGGAUUGCAAGUGGCUACGUUCAAUAACAGCACUUCCACCCCAGUUGACAAAAUUAGAUGCAGAUAACUGUUUCUCACUCCAAUCUGUGUCAAUAAUUGAUUCGACUAUAGUUGAGGGAAACAUUUUUGAAUUCCUUUUCACUAAUUGCGGAAACUUGGAUGCAGUUGCAAAGCACGACAUCAUGGCAUAUGCACUAAGAAAAUUUCAGCUUUAUUCAAAAAGAUUGCACAAUCAGAUGCCUUCUGUGCGAGCAGGGGAAUCUGGUUUUUGCUUCCCUGGAAGUAGUAUUCCAAAGUGGUUCAGCCAUCAAAGUUGGGGAUUGUCGAUGACAAUCCAGCUGCCUUCACAUUGGGCUAAUAGUGAGUUCUUAGGUUUUGCCCUGUGUGCUGUUAUUGCUUUCAACAACCAGAGCACAAACGACCUUGGUUUCCAAGUUAAAUGCAGAUACCAUUUCAGAAAUGAUCAUGGUGACUGCAACGAUCUCUACUGCUAUUUUGGUGGUUGCUAUGGUAGGAAUUACUGGGAGGGAGAGGAUUGUGGAACAGCUCAUACAUUCUUUGGGUAUGAUCCCUUUGUGGAUGUUACAAGAGAUGAUUGGUUUGGCAAAUACAGUAAGCUUCUCGUGGAAUUCUACCCUGAAGAUAUGAACGGUUAUCCUUUAGUUUGUUCUAAUGUUAUCAGUUGCGGGGUUCGAAUGCUUUAUUCUCAAGAGAAAAGAAUCUGUCGAUGUUCUUUCAUCGAUGAGGAUAUUAUUUCUUGGUUAAAAUACAGAGUGUUGAAAUUGGAGGUAUUUAGACAUCGCCACUUUGGGUGUUUCGACGUGAUUGAUCAGAAAGAGCUAGACCUUCUUAUCUCGGAGAUCAGUACAGAUAAGUCACAGAAAGACCAUGAUAUGGAAGAACUUAUCAGCGCAUGUCAUGUCAGGAGUUUUUUUGGACUUAGUGAACUCUUAUAUUCAUAUCGUGUGUGA